UUAUCUGUAUACAAUUUCUACAACCUAGUAAUGGCUUUUUCACUAUAUCCUAGUACAAUGAUUCAAUCAUCCAAGUUUCAAAGUAAUUCAACACUAAAAUUUAAUGAUUUAAAUAACAAACUUAGAAAAUCAAUGUUUGCGAUUAAAUGUGAAGCAUCAGAGUCAUCCUCCAGUAAUUCAAAACUUGAGAUUGGGUCUGCAAUUAUCUUUGUCGAUGCUCCGCAAACAAUCAAAACAGCAACUUCAAUUCCAUGUCUUAGAGUUAAUACUGGGUUUGUCAAGCCAGGUGAUGUUGGAAGAAUUGUAGCAAGAAAGCCUAAAGAUGUAUGGGCAGUUAGGCUUACAAUGGGUACUUAUCUAAUUGAUGGAAAGCAUUUUAAGCCAUUAGACAUUGAUGAGUGAUACAUGAACAAUAUGUUUGCUCUUGAAAGAGGUAACCUAAAAAUUUGUGUUGUACUUGUGACUGCAUUAUAUUGGAAUGUGAAUUCAUAUUUAUGACAAAUGACAAAAAGAGAAAGCACAAUAUUAUGCUUCAAAAAAAAAA